AUGAAUAAGAAAAUUGGGAAAUGAAUAAAAUAGAAAGGGGAAAGCAAGAGAAGACUUGCUCUGCGACCUAGUCGUCGUCGUCUUCCUCCACCCCUUUCCGCUUAGCUUAAUCUACCCAAAACGCGUCUCCAUUCUGCGUCAUACUUACUUUCUGAUUCCCUUCUCUCCUCUGUAUCUCAUCUCCCGCGCAAUCUGCUCUCGAUCGAGCUGUCGACGAGCUGCUACUGACUGUUCCGAUGCUGGAGGUUGCUUGGGAUGGUUAAAGAAGUCAGUUUUGGGUGGUAAUAUUAAGUGGAUUAAAAGAUUGUCUGAGGGUUACUGUGUUGGUUUCGUAGUCGUUGUUUUGAUAAAAGAUGGAAGGCUCUAAAUUUGCUGGGUUUAUGGGUGGCGGUGGUGGCGGUGGCGGUGGAAAUGUUAAUGGGAACAGCUACUUUGACAUGGGAUUUUACCGGAAGCUUGAUGAGGGUUCCAACAUGUCUGUAGAUAGCAUUGGAAGCCUGCAGACAAGCACUGGUGAUGGAUCCAUUGCGAUGUCUGUUCAAAAUAGCAGUGUUGGAUCAAACAACUCAAGAACUAGCAUACUGCGUCAUGGACUCCGUCUGUUUCCCGGUGCCAACUUAUCAGCGGGGCACAGUGUGCGGCCUGGUAGGGUGUUCCAUGCCAUAAACGACGAUUCAUUGGCUCAAGCUUUGAUGGAUCCACGUUAUCCCACUGAAUCUCUUCAGAACUAUGAUGAAUGGACUAUUGAUCUCAGGAAGUUGAAUAUGGGGAUGGCCUUCGCUCAGGGUGCAUUUGGGAAGCUUUACAGAGGCACAUAUGAUGGAGAAGAUGUUGCUAUUAAGUUAUUGGAAAAACCAGAGAACGACCCUGAGAGGGCACAUCUAAUGGAGCAACAAUUUGGCCAGGAGGUUAUGAUGCUUGCAAAUCUCAAACACCCAAAUAUUGUGAAGUUCAUUGGAGCAUGCAGGAAGCCGAUGGUCUGGUGCAUCGUGACCGAAUAUGCGAAGGGAGGAUCUGUUAGACAGUUUCUCAUGAAAAGGCAGAAUAGGUCGGUGCCUCUGAAGCUGGCUGUCAAGCAAGCUUUAGAUAUUGCCAAGGGUAUGGAAUAUGUGCACGGGCUGGGGUUCAUACAUAGGGAUCUGAAGUCUGACAAUCUCCUUAUAGUGUCGGACAAAUCAAUUAAGAUUGCUGACUUUGGAGUUGCACGUAUUGAGGUGAAGACCGAGGGGAUGACUCCAGAAACUGGAACUUACCGUUGGAUGGCACCGUAUGCAAAUAUUCAUCCUAUCUAUUUUUAGCAACUUUAAGAUAUCAUAAAAGUUCUAUGAAUGUGCUAAACUGCCAUGCUUAAAUUCUUCAUUGUUUUUCUCAGUUUAGCCAUUGUCUCACAUCUUAUCCAUGAUUCCUAAUUGUCGUUACCUAUAUUUAGCAGCCUAGUUAGAGCUUAUACUUUCUAUGCAUUGAUGAAGUAUAUCUGUUGCUAUUUAUUGGUAUAGAGGCUUUUUCUUUGUUUUUUCCGCUCCAAGAUGCAAAUAAAGUUAGAGAUUAUACUUGCUAUGCAUUGUUGAAAUAUAUUUGUUGCUAUCUAUUGGUAUUAGAGGCUUCUCUUUUUUUUUUUCUCCUCAGAGAUGCA